AUGAUGGAAUUCACUGAGGAUUGUCCUAAUGUCUUUGAGAGAUUCCGCUACCAUGACAUCCAUUCUGCCCAUGUGCAAGAUGGAUACUGGAUGUUCUAUGAGGAGCCCAACUACAGAGGACGUCAGUUUUACCUGAGACCUGGAGAGUAUAGAAGAUUUUCAGAAUGGGGUGCUACUCUUCCCAGAAUUGGCUCUUUCAGACGUGUUCAUUAUUUCCAUUAA